ACCCGCUCCGCUAUUCGGUCCAUGUAGUGGGCGUCGAUAUUUAAGUUUUGAUGGGUUAAUCUGAGACAGAAACAACAGACAACAUUCAUCGAGACAAUCCGAAACGGGAAACUUGAAAUGGAGUGACACAUUUCCCCCUGCCUGGACUUGAACAUCCCAUGCUCUUUCACCUGUCGCUUCACCUGCUUGUUUCUUGCACAUUUUACUCUCUCUGAUGUCCACCUGUCACCGCCGCUUUCUGACCUGCACACAGCCUCACCACGGAUCGUCACAUAGACCCAGCAACUACUGAGAUGGCCCGUGCAGAGACCAUCGAGAGCGUCAGGGAAACUGGGGGAGGAGGAAACGGCCCUCUUCCUCCCCAGAAUACUUGCCGCAUGGAGCUGCCUCGCCCCUUCCACACCUGGCCCAGCCUGCUCACCACUACCACCAUGACCACUGGCUCUGGUGCCAUACACCCCCACCACCACCAUCAUGUGCACCCUCUGCAGCCUCUCUAUCUGCCAUAUCCGCUGCCUGACGAGACCCAAACUCACCAGCAGUCACCUGCGUUAUUGCCAUCACCAAUGCCCCCUCCUUCGCCACUCUGCCGCUGGAGGGAAGAGAGGGGUGGAGGCGCAGCAACACCAAGUGCCUUCUCAGGAGAGGAGUCAGACUCAGACAGAGAGGAGCACCAGGAGGCUUCCAGCCAACAGGCGCCUCUGCCUGACCUGCUGCCCCAGAACGAGCACCCAUCCUGGGCUUCACUACACCACAGAGCCCCCAGGAGAGAGGCAGUGCAGGAGAUGGGGGUCAGGAGAGUGGCCAGUCAGCUGAGGGCCAUUGGAGAUGAAUAUAAUGCCAGAGUCCUCCACAGAGCGCAGGCUGCCCCCCACUGGCAGGACUGGAGAGACGCCUGCCGAGGACUCUUCAACUUCGUCACCCAGACUCUCAGCACUCUCUACAGGCUCACGUAGGCAGCUUUCUCGCCUGCAACCACCGGUUACCAUGGCAACUUUUUUACAUUCAGGACUUGGUCACACUGGCUGUCAGACUGUGGCUGGUGAAGAGAACAAUCCCGACUGGAGGACUAACGCAUCGUUUUGAACAAAGAAUCUGGGAGAAGGAGCUGGAGGUGUUGCUGUCUACCUGUGAUCAGGAUGCUACCUGCAGAAACUGGACUCUGCCAGUCUGUCUGAAUGACAGUCUGUCCGUCAGUCAGUCAGUCUGCUGGUUCAGACUGUAGCUGACGGACUGACCGUCAAUUUUCUACCUGUAUAUUUUGUAAAAUCAAUUUGCUUUCACUGUCUCUGUCAACGUCCCGGGGCUCAGCUGUUUAUGUAGCAGGCGUGUGUGUGAGUCAGUGUGUGUAUGUGUGCAUGGCUGACCUGGGUCAAACAGUGUAUACUGAGAUAUCAGAGUUUUUAUAUAUUGUGGUAAAUACAGAUCUUUCAGAAUUGGCUUGAAGGACUCUGUUUGUAAAUGACCUGGUUUUGAACAGAAGGUCUUGAUCAUCUUUUGGAGCUUUUUAGUUCUUUAAUAUCAGCCACUAUUUUGCUGGAGGAUGUGUCCUCUUUGUCCCAACAGAUGAUAUCUCUCCAAUUCUUCCCUUCGAUUAUGUAAAACCUUCCAGUAAUGAUAAUAACUUCCUCUGCUGUGGAAACUCCAUCGUGCUGAGUUUGUUAAAACAAAUUAUUACAGACAAUGUUUUGACCCUCGUCACUCGUGUGCAUAUCACUGUGGUGUCUUUAUUUUGCAUCCUAUGCCCUUGUUCUUAUAAACUGUGAAACUGGACGCUGUAGUUGCAUCGCAGGGAAAAGUCAGGUGUGAUUCCACCAGAGAGCCAAGCACAGAGUGAACCUCUCUCUCCCAAUCUGAAACUGCUUCAUUUCAUCGUAUGAUGUGCCUUUCUGCUCAGCUCUCUGCUGCGGGCCUAAUCACCAGGACAAUCAGACACACACACACACACACACACACACACACACACAAAUACACACAUUCUCUCUUUAAGUGCUUUGUUUUCAGUAACUAAAUUCAAGUGUCAUUUGCAUUACAUUCAAAUGUUGUAACUUCAGCAUGGCUUAAGGUCAUUUCAGGACAGAAACACACACACACGCACGCACACACGCAGGGAAUUGCCACUGUACAUACCUCCACACCACUCAUACUGCCAGUGUUGGGAGCUGGCAGGGUUCCACUCGCCUGUGUUGUUGACAGUGUUUAUAGCUACAUUAUCGUAUGUAAAUAUUCUUCUAAAAGAUGAAUCUAAGUGAUGAACUUUAAAAAGUACUUAUCAAAGCGAGAGUUCACUGUGUUUUUUGGAAGAUGUUUUUCUGUAAUUCCUGAGCGGCCGUUGGCAACAGUAGAGCAAGUCUGAAUUUAAAUCCAGUGGAUUUGAGAUGGUAUUCCAUGAGUUAAAAAAAAAAAAAUAUAUGACUUGGAUCUUUGGAUUGUUGAAACUUAUUUGAUGAUGUUUGUAAAAUAACCCCUUUGGUUGUGAUUAUUUUCAUUGUAGUUUGGGAAAAAAAAUGUUAACUGCUCAUAUUAAGAGCAUAAUUUAUUUUGGAAAGUAGCUUAUCUGUAGCUUUUUCUGUUUGUUUGUUUUUCAUUUUUUAUGUAAUGUAUUAUUUAUUUUUUUCUUACAUUCCUGAUCAGAACUAUGAAUUAAGCUGUACUUAAGUUGUAACUGUUAAAACAGGUCGAAUAAGAUCGGAGUUAAAGCUGUUAAUACACACAUUGAAAAUCAAUACAUCACUUUCAUUUCAAUUGUUAUCAGAAUAGAAAUCUAAAAAAAGCCUCAAUCAUUUCAACGGUACUAUGUUUAUGAUGUGAAGUGUUUGUGUAUAAUCAGCAUUACACACUGACAAGACCCUUUCCAGAAACUGAAAGUGAUGUAUUGGCUUUAAACAUUUAUCAGAUGAGAUAGAAAAGUACCAAAUCUCUCCCUGUAUACUCUUUAAAGCACAAAGAAGGAAUCAGGCCUCACACACUGUUAGCAAUACUGAAAGUUUUUGUUUAACAGCUUAAACUGACUGAACUUAAAACCCAUUUCACUCAAGAUUAAACCCGGUAUUUCUAAUGUGGACAGUGGUAGUGCGACUGGUGCUACACAUGCUAAAAAAUAUGCAUGUAGGUACUGUAACGUACUUUGGAUUGAAGUGCCCACUUAAUGGAGUAUUUGACCUUUUACACUUAAAACACCUCAAAAACUUUGGCUUUUUGGCUUCGGCAAACGUGUUUCGUCAGGUUUUGUUUUGCCGUAUUCAUCAUACCACUCUCACUUGGCCUCAGCUGCAAUGUUUUUUUUUUUUUUUUUUUUAAAUGUUUUUAGCACAGGGCCAUUUCGAAAGCCUUCAUGUAUAAAGUCAUGAUGAUACCACAGCCUGCAGAUGUUCAGCUAACAUGUGGCUAAGUGGCAAUGCUAGCACAGUAGACACUUGUUUACUGCUUGUGUAUUCAUAUUUGUAGAUCAGUUUGCUAGCUGUGUUUUUAGCCAUAUUCGCUGUCAUCGCAUAGUAAUGUCUGAUAAAAUAACCCAUUCGAUACUCCACAUGUCCACCUGUCAGUACUGAAAUCAUUCACCCUGCAGGUGAUGGUCAGCCCGGCGCUGUCAGCACUUUGCAGUUGCUCUUCUCCCGCGGUUGCUUUUUCUCAUCAGAGCGCACUUCCUGGUUCAGGGGCCCGCCUCCCUCCCACCAGGGACGCUCGGUGUCAGUCACAUGCAGUGUGUAUUUGCUGUUUUUCAACUUUUUUCUAUUGUAAACUUUCUA